GUUAUCCGCCUUCUCGGCUCAGAGAAUAUGAAGCUUGGCCCCAAGGAAAUGGCUCGCGUUCUCGAGAUGAUCGAUACUGAAACCUCAGCGCGAAGACUUCAUGAGUCUGAGGAUGUGCCUUCUAGUCGCAUCGAAACGCCAACGAGUGCUCCAGUUGAUCAGGAGACGUCUUCCUCUCCUUCAGAUAAGUGUCAAAAUAAUGACUCAUCCUCUGGUCUAGAGCCAGAAGCUAAGGUCUCUCCUGGGACUUCAGUGUCUUCCGGGGUUUUGGGGACCAAUCAUUCCCAUGGAAAUGUCAAAGAACGACCACAACCAUCACAAUAA